AUGGCUCUCGACACAUUGGCAAUAUUCUUACUGGAAAUUGUCAGUUUAUCUAUUGAUGAUUCAAAAUCAUUGAGUAACACAGCCUCGACCGGUGCCGGUAUAUGGGGAUCAAUCUUCUUUAUAAUUGGUGUCGUCAUGAUGUUUAUGUUAGUAUUUGUUAAAAAAUGUUCUCGAAUAUGGUCAACCUAUACUUUAGUGGCUAACAUCGUUGUUCUAAUUGUUGCUUGUAUUCUGAUUGGUCUUGAUGCCAAUACUGUCACACCUUACAAUACUCAAAUAUCAUCAGCUCCAGCCAAAAUUAAAGUAUUAAAAGCUCAAUUAGCAUUAGCGAUACUUAUGCUUAUAUUAUCCAUUGUUUACAUUGAACUUUACAUCUAUACAGCAUUUCACUCUUUAUACAAAGUCAGUGAAGCAUGGAAAAUUGUUCCAUAUCCACCUUAUCCAAUUAUUGGUUAA